CUUCAUUCCCCUCUUUUUUUUUUAUUAAUUCUUUCUGUGUCACCCAUUCCUCUUCUUCUACUCAGUCUCAGGUAUUUUUGCAACUUUAUAGACUUCUCUUCGUAUAGACAACCUUUGCAUUUCUACUCUUCACCCCACGUUUCUCAAUAUACAUACUCCGGUGUUUUCCAUUUUCUCAAAAAAAAAACAUUUGUAUUCCCAAUUGCACCAACUCGGCACAUUCCAGUUGGAAUCAAUACUUUCGACCACAAAUCCCUCAGUCUGUGCUUCCCCCAGGGGCCCUUGUGCUCCACACUUGCUCCAGUCUCGGCGAUAGAAUCUUCUUGAUAAGAUAGUGAGGCAUUUGAAAGCCUUCACCGCCACCCAUGACUCAAACAGCCCCCUUUCACCGUCGCUCCCCUUCCUCUCCUCAUGUCUCCAAGUCCAAGUCUACUCGUCCAGCUUUACAUCGACGAGGGACAUCCGGUGCCAACGUCAUAAUCUCUAAAUUGGGCUCGGGACAAAGGGGAGCGAGCAAACCGUCUACGUCUUCGGACGAUACUGAAUUUGACAUGGCCAGCUUCUUGAACUUUUGCGCCAUGUGUGAGAACCAGAUUACUGUCCCCAACAACACUUUGUUAUAUUGUAGCGAAAGUUGCCGCCGCAAAGACUCCUGCAAACCACUCUCAGCAUCAUUACCAUCUAUGUCCUCAAUGUCUUCCACUACUACACCACCCGCAUCUCCCCCUCUCUCUCCACGCACAAUCGUGGCCCCAAUGACCCCAACCAGGGUGCCAAGCCACUCAAUCCCUGCCAUGCGGAUACCCAGCCACGUGCAUGAUGCCAAGUCAGAUCUCGACCCCACCGAAUGGAAGCCCGUAUUAGUGCGCAGCGCCUCAUCCCUGGCAUCCUCCGAGGCAUGGAACUAUCUCUCCCAGUUCCACCGCGGCAGCGGCGAGCCCAUGCUCUCCCGGCCUGCCGUCCAACGCAGCAGCUCCAGCCUUCCCGCCCUGGUCGGAGAUGUGGCACACAGCCACAGUCACGUGCCCAGCUUGAUGAACACCCCAUCCACCGUGGCCUCGUCCUUCAGCAGCACCGCCUCCGACUACCUGGGCAGCAUGUACGAGGCUCAGCGUCCGCUGCCCCCGCGCCACAACCCGUACUUUUCCGGUACGAGUGUGACCAAGGGCGUCGAGCUGGUCGUCCCGCACAUCGCGUCUGCGCAUGAGGAUCUCGGCCCCAUCGGUGUCUCGGACAGUGGCUCGAUCUUCCCUGCUAGCAGUACUGUGUGGGAAGGUGGCUUGUAUGAGAAACGCUCUGCUCCUAUCUGCAUGGCGCGGGGUAUUGGCGGCCGGCCCGCUGAGACUUGCGUGAAGAACUGAAUUGAACGAAGUACAAUGGGGCUGUUUGCUGUCUCAUGAAAUGAGAUGAGCUCAUCUUUGCUCCUUUUUGACUUUGUUUCGUUUCGGUUUAUUUCUGCCCCCCGUGGCUGUUCUCUUUUCUUCUUUUCUUUGAAUUCUGGGUCCGAGCGAGCUGUGGCUCUUCAGCGUCGAAAAUGAUAUGAUCUGAUGGAUUUUGCUCUUUAUUUUAUUCCCUACUAUCUAUCACAGCGAAUAUAGAUUUCUUAAUGCGGAUAUCUCUGGUAUCUAGAUCAAAUGAACCUUAUGGAAUUAUUUUCAACGUCUACCUCUCCACCGGAAUUCAAUAAAUUAAGCAAUGGUGCUUAUCCGUUGUACUUAACUAUGUAUUCAGCUACAUGUAGAUAUUGUAUG